AUGUUCCUUGCAACCAAUGCCUUUGCUCUCAUUCUCGGCUUUGUUUACAAUCAAAAGACGCCAGAACUGUAUGCCAAUAACUCGCAUGGCAAGACGGGGUGGAUCAUCACCUGGAUUGCGAGUGCUUGGGUUUUCAUGGCCCUGGUGCAGACGUACACUGGACGAUAUCGAUCGCAUCCAGCGGACGGCGAUGUUGCAGAGCCGAUGACUGUCGCCAAUAUGGUGCGUUACCAGCGAGUAAAUGAAGAGCUACCAAACCCAUCGCGAUAUUCUGUCGACUCUGCCCAGGGCACUGAGCGAAACUCGGAAUCGCUGUUCGGUCACUCGCGGUCGCCUAGUAUUCAGUCCGAGAACCAGCAGUUUUCUGGGCCGACACGAAGUUACACCCAAGAAGAAGAAGACUCAACCGAUGAAGUAUCUGAAAAGCGAAGCUUUCUGCGCAAAAGUCAUGUAGACAACUUCUUCUCGCGUCACGUGACCCGUUUCGCAGCCGGACGCACCCUGAAGGCUAUUCGUUUCUUCUACGUUGUUUUCGAGCGCACAUUGCUUGUGCAAGGACUUGUCGCGAUUGCAAACGGUACUGUGGUGUAUGGUGGUAUUGGACGUGGACGUGCGGUCUUCAACGUCCUUGCCCACUACGUCAAAGGCGGUAUCUUCUUUCUCUAUGGUCUCCUUACCCUCGGCCGAUGGAUGGGCGCGUUCGCCGACUUCGGCUGGGCAUGGAACGUCAAGCCAUCGAAGGAUGUAGUCGGUCGUCGAAAGGCCUCGAUGCCUUCAGCAGAAUUCACCGAGUCAUUCGUCAUCUGGCUGUAUGGCGUCACUAAUGUGUUCUUGGAGCACCUGGCCGCCUGGGGGAACGAAUGGACAGCCCAAGACCUGGAGCACGUGUCUAUUUCGAUAAUGUUCUUCGGCGGAGGUUUGUUGGGCAUGAUCGUUGAAUCGACCAAGAUGCGAGAAUUGCUCAACAGUGCGAUUAUCUCCUGGCAGUCGAACGCUCAUGACGAAGCGUGGCAGCCGCCACGGCAAUACCGGUUCUCCAUGAACCCUUUGCCAGCCCUCAUCAUCAUGCUCCUGGGCAAGAUGAUGAGCAGUCACCACCAAGACUCAAUGGUCUCGACGAUGAUCCAUGGCCAGUGGGGAAGCAUGUUUAUGGGAUUUGCUCUUGCGCGCGGCCUGACUUACAUUACCUUGUACAUAUCUCCGCCGUCGUCUUUCCUCCCAUCUCGCCCUCCUACCGAGAUAAUCACUUCUUUUUGCCUGAUUUCCGGAGGCUUGACUUUCAUGCUGAGCAACAAAGACACAGUGGCUGUGUUGGAGGGCUACAAUCUGGACGCCAUGUUCACCUUCACGGUCACCAUGGGCCUCACUGCGCUUCUGAUGGCCUGGACCACAGUCUUGAUUGCCAUCAAGGGCUGGGUUUCCCGAAGCGAAAGCCGCAACUUGAACGCGAAAAGCCACACUGGAGUGUUGGCCUGA